AUGGACAUUUUAGGACCAUACACACCAGCGUCCGGCCAAAGGCGGUAUGUGUUUGUAGCAGUAGACUACUUCACAAAAUGGGUAGAGGCCGAGGCCGUCCGGGGCAUCAAAUGGACGGAUGUUUCCGCCUUCAUAUGGAAGAGUAUUAUUACCUGCUUUGGCAUCCCUCAGUCUAUGGUGUUUGACAAUGGACCUCAGUUCGAAACGCCUCAACUAAAAGAAUGGUUGGAAGACCAAGGCAUAGCUCACUACUUUGCCUCAGUCGGCCGCCCACAGUCAAAUGGUCAGGUAGAGGCAUACAACAAAUUGAUCUCCAAUGGAAUUAAGCGCAAGCUUGAAAGAGCAGGCGGCUUAUGGGCUGAUGAGUUAGUCAAUGUGCUGUGGUCCAUACGAACCACGACCAAGAGUUCCACAGGGGAAACUCCCUUCUUCUUAGUCUAUGGUGCCGAGGCGGUCCUUCCAAUUGAAAUGUAUGAGCCCACCCUUAGGGUAAUGCUAUAUGAUGAAGCGGCCAAUUGGGAAGCCAUGAAGACCGCCCUAGACUUCCUUCCUGAAGUCAGGGGCAACGCGGCACUUAGACACGAAAUCUAUCGUCUACGGAUGACAUGGGCGUACAAUCGCCGAGUGUCUAAGCGGCCGAUGAAGUUGGGAGAUCUGGUCCUAAGAAAGAUGGAGGCUGUGGGACGAGCAAAUGAGGAUGGGAAGAUGACCCCAAAUUGGGAAGGGCCGUAUCGAGUCAGGGAAGAGGUCCGAGAUGGGACUUACCGUCUCGAAGCCAUGAACGGCCGACCCAUUCCGCGUACUUAG